CGUCAAUCCCUGCAGUAUAUGUCCCAGACCAUAGAUUUCAGCAUCAUCGGGAUGAUCGCGAUUCCAUUGUCUGGUCUGCGGCCUCGCUACGCGCUGGUCGAUCCGCCAAUAUGGAGCUAACUUCACGAGUCAGCCAUCAUGGUGAUUGAGGUUAGUGUCGAUACAGUUUCUUUUCCGCGCCCUGCAUAAAGCUGCGAUCUACCCCCACUUAAUUUUGAGCUUCGCUGCCCCUCAGGUUCGUCGUCGUGGGUUGUGUGAGCAGAAUCACGUAUUCCAACGAAAGAGCUCUCUAUGCCUGGAUCUUGAAGCUUGCAUCUGCAUUACCGUCUCAAUAUUGCUCUAUUCCUGUCCUUUCAGCGCUUGAUAGCGCUAUACCCUUGAAUUGUCCUCCAUUUUCCCCAUCCUCGCGCACCUCUACCCGCAAUGGCCGACGAAACCACCCCCCUCCUUCCGCGAGUCGACGACCCCAACAGCAUCCACCACCAAUUCUGCACCCUCGUCGGCGUGCCGCCCUCAAACAUCCGCGGCAAACGCCCAACGCCCAUCCCCAGCUCGCUGUACGGCCGCGCGCUGCACCGCCGCCGCACGCAAAACCACACCUACAUCUUCACCGCGACGCUCUCCAACACGCUGCUCCUGACCCAGGUCGUGUUGGGCGCGACCCUCACCGCGCUCGGCGCGAGCCAGAGCUCGCACGUGCUCAUCACGAUUUUCGGCGUCCUGAACACCAUCAUCGCGGGCCUGGUCGCGUAUCUGAAGAGCCGGGGCCAGCCGAUGCGCGCGCGCAUGUUCAGGGACGAGAUGGAUCGGGUGGUGGACGAGAUCGAGAAUAGCGAGGUGAUGUGGUUUGGGAUUAGUAGGGGGUGGCAUGGGUAUGACGAGAUUGCGAUUGAUGAUGAUGUGAGUGUGCGGAGUGAGGUGGCGCGGUUGACGCGGUUGUAUGAUAAGGCGGUUAGGAGUGAUACUAUGAAUGAUCCGGAUAUGUAUAUGGGUGGUGUUGGCGAGGGCGGGAAUGCUGCGCUGAGAGCGAGACCAGGUGCACCAGGACAGCCUCAGCAGCCUGCUCCGCCGGCUCCUGUACCAGCUCCUGCGGUGUCGGUGGGUGGGGCACCAGCUGCUUCGCCAGUGUUUGUGAUCACUCAACCUCCGGCUGAUGAUCCGGAUGCGAGUCCAGCUACUGCGCCGCAUAAGAAGAAGGAAGACCCUAAGGAAGCUCCGAAAGAGAACCCGGUAGACGAUACGAAGAAGGAAGAUCCGAAGAAAGACGACCCAAAGCCGGAUGAUGCGAAGAAGGACGAGCCAAAGAAAGAGGAGGCAAAUGGGACCAGUGAUGCUGGAACACCGUCGGAGGGUUCCUCGAAAGGAGCAGAUAAGCCAGAUACUGCGCCGGCAUCGUCUUGACCCAGGAUGAGAUAGAACAGGCGGCCAUGGUGAAGCUUUUGUUAUAUGGAUGAUAGCGUUUGUGAUUCCCCGACGAACUUAUCUAAUUACUGAUCUUAUCUUUCUCCGAAUGAAUCGUUUGGAGCACGCGUUGCAAGCAAUACCUUUUGGUGUCUACACUGAGCUCUCCCUUCUGUUUCUUUUGCGUGUAUGGUAAGAGAGCCCUUGGCAGUCUGACAGUGUCAGCACAUAGGCAGUAUUAUCGUUCUCGGCACCUGAUUUGAGGUAUGUUUGGUGUUGUACAUCAAUAGGGUGAAGCAAAUCACUACG